GGAUGAGGGAACAUGACUUUAUAAAUGGAUGUCCUCCCCUUCUCCGACUCCUCAUGACUGCCGCGAGUGCGAGUCAUUCCCAUCGAAGCCCACGCUUCAAAUUUUAACGCUCUAUCAGCAUGGACGUCGAUGUAAAGACAAUGAAAUAUACCGAGGGAGUAAACGAAGAGGCUUCCAGGGACUCCUGCUUGAGAUGCAUCCCGCUCAACUACCGCACCGAACUGGUUCAACUUCUCAAACUCGCCGGACCAGUGAUCAUUUCCCAGAUGAUGAUCUUCAUGAUCAGUGUCGUCAGCAUGGUGUUCUGUGGUCAUCUGGGGAAAGUAGAGCUUGCGGCUGUAUCGUUAUCAAUUGCAGUGGUUAACGUGACUGGUCUCUCCAUUGGCACUGGAUUAUCAUUAACUUGCGAUACCCUCAUAUCUCAGACCUAUGGGAGCGGAAACCUGAAGCGCGUAGGGGUGAUCCUUCAGAGGGGGAUUCUGAUUCUACUGCUGGCUUGUUUCCCCUGCUGGGCAGUUCUCAUAAACACUGAACCUCUUCUAAUUGUAGCCAAACAGAGCCUAGAGGUUGCCAGCCUGUCACAACUUUAUGUGAAGCUCUCCAUGCCAGCUCUGCCGGCGGCAUUUAUGUACCAGUUGCAAGGAAGAUAUCUUCAAAAUCAGGGAAUUAUUUGGCCCCAGGUCAUAACUGGUGCAAUUGGAAACAUCUUAAACGCAGUCAUCAAUUAUGUUUUUCUCCACAUUCUGAAUUUGGGAGUUGCUGGCUCCGCUGCAGCGAAUUCAAUCUCGCAGUACGUGCUGGCUGUGGUGUUAUUUGUUUAUAUUACCUGGAAGGGCUUGCACAAGGCCACGUGGGGAGGUUGGUCUCUUGACUGUUUACAAGAGUGGGGACCCUUUGUCAAGCUGGCAAUCCCGAGCAUGCUCAUGCUUUGUCUGGAGUGGUGGCUCUUUGAAGUGGGAGGAUUCAUUGCCGGUAUAAUUAAUGAAGCAGAGCUGGGAGCCCAGUCCGUUGCAUAUCAGCUCACAGUUGUGGCCUACAUGUUCCCACUUGGAAUUUCUGCUGCUGUUAGUGUUCGAGUAGGGAAUUCUCUUGGUGCGGGAAACAUUGAGCAAGCCAGGCUGUCGAGCAAAGUUUCCAUCAUCUGUGCAUUCAUCGUGGCCUGUUUUAUUGGCACUACCAUCACCCUUUCCAGGAAUGUGAUUGGCUACAUUUUCACCUCAGAGCCAGACAUUUUGGAAAGGGUCGCUGAUGUCUUGAUUGUUUUUGUCUUCAUGCAUCUCUUUGAUGCUCUUGCGGGGGUGUGUGGAGGCGUCAUCCGAGGGGUUGGGAAACAAAAGAUCGGUGCCCUAUGUAACCUGGUGGGACACUACUUCAUUGGCUUUCCCAUUGGCGUGGCCUUAACCUUUCCAGCAAAAAUGGGCGUCGUAGGACUUUGGACGGGGCUUACCGUCUGCGUGUUGAUUCAGGCUAUUUUCUUUCUCCUCUAUUUAUACAAACUUGAUUGGAAAAGGGCUGCUGAAGAGGCUAAAAUUAGAGCCGGGGUCACCUUUCCAGACAAGGUCAUGAUGGAAGAUUGCAAGUCAGACUUCAACACCAACCAGGCCCCAGUUACGACCCCUGCAUCCAUUUGCGAUGGAGCUGCAGAGGAACAACCGAUUCCAGAGCAGCAUGAAACUGCAACCACCGUAGUCGGCAAUGUUCUCACGGUAACACAGCUGCUUUUGCGGCGUGGCUUGGUUUUACUUGCCUUCAUUCUCAUCUUUGUAGCCGGAAUCUUUGCCAGUUACUUCCUUGUCAAACUGCUGAAAUGAGUCUUGCGUUGGUAUCUAAGUGACAGUCAUCAAAUGAACACUAGUGGAGCCAAUAAGCGGUCACUUGCUUCUAAUAUCAAGUGAUCUCAUCAAACCCAUGAUCAUAACGGUCUCAAUAAGUAUGUAAAAGCAAUGGCUUUGUGUUGCAUUCCUGUCGGUUCAUUCAGUCGCGACAAUGUUAAUGUAACACCUUGGUACCUUUCAAAUGUUCCACGAUUGACAUGUGAAAAGGGGUAAUGAUUGGAAGAACGGUGACUUAUAAGACAUGCUGUGGGCAGGGUCUAUGCGAGCCUGCGAGUAGGAGGGGCUUAAACAAAAACAAAGCAAGCCGAAAUAAGAAUAAAAAACUGAGAAUGGAAAGACAGCCAGGCCCUGUGAAGGUGGACGGCAGCGUGCAAUUCUUCAUUCGGUUCUUUCAAAUGAGAGACACAAACAUUCUUGGCUUGCAAAUUAAAUGGAUGUGAGUGUGUCGAGGCGAUUUAAAAAAAGAGGAUCCCAUCUAUACAAAUAUGUAACUUGAUUGGGAAAGAUGUUUUUGAUACCUGCACUGUUUUUUUUUUUGCUCCUCGGUAUUGCAGAUAUGACAGAUCUUUUCCAAUUUCCGACAACCUAUUGUCCAUAAUACUUUGUAACGUUGUAUUUUGCAAAAGAAAAUAUUGUUGUCAUGAUCAUUUUCUUCAAUAAAAUCCAGAUUAUUAUAAA